GGGUCGAGCGAGCCGAAGUGGGCGCUGGUGUCGGCGUACUGCAAAAAGCACGGCGUGAACCGUGAACCAGUGCAGUGCCGGAAGCGGUGGAGCAACCUCGCCGGCGAUUACAAGAAGAUCAAGGAGUGGGAGUCGCAGGUGAGGGACGAAACGGAGUCGUUUUGGCUCAUGAGGAACGAUUUGAGGAGGGAGAGGAAGUUGCCGGGGUAUUUUGACCGGGAGGUGUAUAAUAUUCUCGAUUCGCCGUCCACGGCGGCUGCGGCUGCGGCGGAGACUCCGGUGGCGACUUCUGCGGCGGCGGUUGGUGAGGAGGUGCACUUGUAUGACAGUAAUCGGAGGGUUGGGAGUGAGGAUGGUUUGUUCUCUGAUUGCGAGAAGGAUGAGGUUUUGCUUUUAGCCUCUGCUAAGGAUGUUCCUGCUCCUGUUCCAAUCUCAGAGAAGCAAUAUGAACCACUCCUCGAAGGCUGCGAAGGGGAAGGCAAUGAUCAAGGUACUACCAAUGAGAAACGGCCAACCCCAAAUCCAGAAAUGGGUUCUACAUCUCAAGGGGCAGCACGGAAGAGGAAGCGGCUUCCAACCGAUGGAGAGGAAGAAAGUUUCCAAAGUCAAUUAAUCGACGUCUUGGAAAAGAAUGGAAAAAUGCUACGUGAUCAACUUGAAGCUCAGAACAUGAAUUCCCAAUUGGAUCGCCAGCAGCAGAAAGACACCGCUAGUAACAUAGUUGCUGUACUUGAUAAGCUUGCAGAUGCUCUAGGGAGAAUUGCUGAUAAAUUGUAGAGCAAGGAAGGAUCAUAAUAGAAAUUAUAGAAUAGUGUAUAUAACAAUUGGAGUCAACAAUAGUGGUUACAAUUUUAUCUCAGGAUAGUUUCUAGAAGAUAAAUGUCACAUUAGUUACCCCUUUUUAUAUCCCGUCUCUGCACAAGUCACUUUUUUUGGGGUUUAUUACUGCCACUACGGCAUUUUAUACAAAAAAAAAUUGGAGGUUACUGCAUUUAUUUAUUCUCUUCUUUCAGUGAGCUUCCCGGUCAAUAAUAGCGGUUGUAAUGAUGAUAUUACUAUUACUAAUUACUACUAGUAAUUAAGGUACAUUUCUAUAAGUGGUCUUUCUUUGCGUGCUCUUUCAA